AUGACAAGGUUACAACACAUACUACAGCUAUCGGCUGUUCUCUUACCUCUAUUUUUAGCUCAACAAUUUCAUAUUAGUGGGCCGGGCAGUGUUGGAAGCUUGGAUCCUUGCAAAUAUUUUGAAAAUGUUACAGGUAAGACAUUACUUUCUCAUUGUUUUUGGUUUAAAAAUUUUGAAAAUCACCCCCCAAAAAAAUUUACCACGCCCAAAAUUUUUUGUUUUUUUUAAAGUUUAAGGUUUAUAUAAAUACAAAAAUUUUUUAAAAUUUAUACUUGCUUCACUCCAUCUGCAUUAUCCACCUCCAAAAAUUUUUACCCCGCCCAAUUUUUUUUUGUUUUUUUAAAAAAUGACAGUUGUUAUAGCCGGAAAAAAAAUCUGUCAUACUUUUUUUCCCCUUCCCCCUCCCCCCCCCAAAAAAAUUUUUUUUACCCCGCCCUACUUUUAUUUUCAAAAACAGGUUGAAAUGCCAUUUUUAGAUGUACAACAACUAAAUCACCAUGAAUUCGUGGCUUUUGAACAAUGCUUAUACUACUUCUUGGCCAACAAAGCUCAACAAGGUUCGGCCAAGUUCGGAUCAGUCCACCCAAUCGCCACCCUUCCACCAGUCUACGGAAGCACCGAUCAGAAGAAUGUCAAGGUUAAAGUUGGCCAGAUUACUUUACAGCACUUCCAAUUGGUAUGGUUUUUUAGAUUUUUAUGAUUUUUCUUUGGGCGGGGUAAUUUUUUAAAAUUUUUUGGGCGGGGUAAAUUUAAAAAUUUUUUUGGAAUUUUUUUUAAUUGCUUAGGCGUGAUAGAAUAUUAAAAAUUUUUGGACGGUGUUGAUUUUUUAAAUUUUUUUUGGGCGGGGUAAUUUUUAAAAAUUUUGAGCGGGGUAGAUUUUUGUAUUUUUUGGGCAGGGUAGAUUUUUCAUUUUUUUUGACGGGGUACAAUUUUUUAAAUUUUUUAGUUAAGGUAGGGUUUUUUAAAAUAGGUUAGGUUCUGGGUUAUGGUAAAGCUGAAAUGUACCCUUAGGCUUUGAAAUUUUAAAUUGUAUUUCAAAAUUUCAGAACGAGUUUGUGAAAGACCUGAACAUCAUGGGUUACAUGGAGAUGCAAUGGGAUGACCAACGUCUGGCUUGGGACCAAAGUCAAUGGAAACUAGAAAAACUUCAAAUCCACUCGGCCAACCACAUUUGGAUCCCAGUCCUCUCGUCACAAGCCUACGAGACCUCGUUGCGCAACGAUGACGUCAUGGAGGUGCGCAAGUUGGAGACCUCGAACAAGGGCAACGUCUCAGCCGUCAUCAGCUUCAGUCUGAAGACGUUCUGCGACGACACCGACUUCCGCCACUUCCCCGACGACGUCUACAAGUGCUGCUUCCAACUGGAGCCCCACUUCAACCAAGACCUCAUCGAGUUCAGUGUGGAUGGCCUGCCCGUCUUCACCGACCCCAAGUACUUCCGCGACUACGGCUGGAGCAUGUCCGGUACCAUCCCGUCGGUGAACCCCGAUCCCAAUAUUGUAGCUCAACUCAACUUCUGCAUCAACCUUCAACGUUCAUCGUCCGCCGUGAAGAUUGAACUAAGUGUACCAACUUGGGUCUCCGCCAUCUUGUUCUUGUUCUCACCCUUCUUGGGCAGUAUCAAGAUUCAGUUGUACAUCAAACUGUUCGUCAUGCUACUUCAGGUCAUUAUACUGCAGUUGUUCAGUAACAGAAUCGCACCACAUUUGGGCAGUGCUUCGGCUACACCUGUUAUCAGUAGGUUUUGGGGACUGUUUCACAAAAAAAAUUAAAUUUUUUUAAAACCAAAUUUUUUGCAUGUUUUUUUUAUAAAAUGGCAAGAACUUUCUUUACAAAACAUAAAAUGGCAAGAACUUUCUUUACAGAACAAAAAAUGGCAAGAACUUUCUUUACAAAACAAAAAAUAGCAAAAACUUUCCUUACAAAGCAAAAAAUGGCAAGAACUUUCUUUACAAACCAAAAAAUUAUAAAAAUGACGUUUUCAGUGGCCCUACACGAGUUCUGCAUGGUAAUGAACACUUUGAGUAUUGUGGCCAGCAUUCUCUUCUUGAUGCAAACCAGAAUCAGAAGAAACCUCCCACCUUGGGGAUGGUUGAUCAGGUAAUAAUCAUUAUUGUUUUAUACACAAAAAGUCAUUUUAAAAUUUGCAUUUACUUAAAAAUUUAUUUUAAAGAUUUUUGAGCGUAAUACGGCUUAGGUUUGUUAUUGCACCGUGCAGAAAUUUUAAAAUUCGCCCUGCUUUGAGUUUUACCACGCCCAAGCCAAAAAAGGUUGAAAAAUAUUUUUUCGCUGUGUUUUAUGACAUUUUCAAUGAACAACAAUUUUAAAUUUACCUAAAAGUCAUUUUAAAACUAACUUUUUUAAUUGUUGCACAGUGCAAAGCCUUUAUUUUCUCUUUGCACAGUGCAAAGCCUUUUUUCUGUUGCACCGUGCAAAAUUAGCGGCUCUUUCUCUUUGUUCUUAUUGACUGCACUGUGCAUAGCCCUUUUUCUGUUGCACCGUGCAAAACUGAGCAGUUCUUUUCCUUUGAUGUUAUCGACUGCACAGUGCAAUCUUUUAAUUUGAUUGUACUGUGCAGAAAAUUAUUUUUUGAAAUUUAUGCCUAUUUUUUCAAUUAAAUGUGGCAUCUUUUAAAUCAGAAAGAUUUGGAAAGUCUUUUUUGGUUAAUUUGUGAUAAUUUAGGUAUUAAAAAUUUUAAAAAACCAAAAAUUUCAGUUAAAAAUUUUAAAAACUUCAAAAUUUCAGUGCCUCAAACAUAAUCAACAAGUUCAUCUGUUUCUUCAACCAAACCGCCGAAUGGGAUUCAGAAGGCGUGGAAUUGGAAAAGGGUGGGAUCCCCACCUCAGCCACCGCCAAUCGCUAUCAAGCCGACUGGCACAACGCCUUCUUGGCCUUACAUGGAGUAACCACCCUCACCUUCUCAGUGAUCUUCAUUUUGGGAUACCUGGCUAUCCGCUAG